AUUUAUUAUAAUUUUCAUAAUAUUACUAACAAGAAAUCGACAAUAGAUAAAUAUAAUUCACGGUAAUAUUGAGUAUUGAAAAUUUGGAAUCGAAAAAGUGAUUUUCACAUUGGAAACUUUUAUCACAAUUCAUAUAAUUCUCUCAUAAAAAUAAUUCAUUGGAAGGAUAACGGUUUUACAACAUUUUUUUACAAAAGUAUCCGGGUUCAACGUCUUCUUACGCGACUAUAAUUUCACCGUUUCUAAUUACAGUUUUACCACCGUUUGAAGAGGCGCAGUUCUCUGCUUAUGCUUUGAAAAAAGGGGGCAAGAGGCAGCGUGUAUCACGGUUAAUGAAAUAAGGCUUGUUCGACGUUUGAAAAAAUGGAAUGAAAUUGAAUAGUGCAUAGAAGUGGUGGAAUUGAAUUGAAUGUUUCAUAGAAGUGCGGCCAGCGACCAGCUGCACUUCACAGCAACGCUGCUAAUUAAAAAAUAAAAGUUUACUUUGAAAAAGUUUACAACGGAAACUUGACGGAACACAAACGACACUGCGAUCCCUACCUGAACACUUUAAUGCUGGACCGAUUCACGGUAUCACAAGUAACAUCGUCAAAACAUACGUCUAAAUACAAUGAAAAACAUGAAAAUAAAAAGCAAAAUAACGGAAAUGCGUGAAUGUCACGCAGUGGAAGCUCGACCGAACUGAAUACACUGGCAAGCGUCAACAAGUGACCUGAUAGCAUCGAAAUUCUGCACGGUCAGCACAGUCUCGUGUUUUCAAAACGUGAGUGGUUUCCAUAUCAAACGUGCCGAGAAAAUCUCGUGGAUUCCUUUAAAAACCAGCCUCAUUUCCAGAAUCUUCACAGUUUCACGAAGAAACGCACAAAAAAUUCAACAAAAUGUAUUUUAACACGUAUUUCGUACUUUCAUUACUUUGUUUGACGAUAUGUCAAGCAGUUACAGCGGAGAAGAAAGAAGAAAUCAAAGAAGAAUUAAACAAGAAGGAGCUAGAGAUAGAACAGACUGGAGAAGACACCGAAAGAUCCAAAAAGUCGGUAUUCAUAAUGGACCAAGUAUUAGGAGAAGCUCAGAGUUUCGGUAUUCAAACUCCUUCACAACAUAUCCAGAGUUUGAAUAUCAAACAAGCUCCAGGAGUUUCUGAGACUGUCAGCAUCCAGAAUCCACAAUCUGUUCAAACUCUCAAUAUUCAAACUUCACAACCUGCUCAAAUAUUCAGUAUCAAAGAUCAGUCUAGUCCAACCUUGAGUAUCAAUCAGGAUUCAGGAGUUUCUGAGACUAUUAGUAUCCAGGAUUCGCAAUCUGUUCAAACUCUCAGCAUUCAAACUCCACAAUCUGUUCAAACACUUAACAUUCAAGGUUCGCAACCUGUUCAAACAUUGAACAUCAAGCCAGUUUCUCCGGGAGUUCAAACACUAAGCAUCAAAGGUCCACAACCUCUUCAAACCUUCAGCAUCAAACCAGGUUCUCAAGUCCAAACCUUCACCAUCCAAGGGUCACAACCUCUUCAAACGUUCAGCAUCCGGGCUCCAAACUCUGUUCAAACUCUCAGUAUCCAGCCAGGUUCGCAAGGAGUUCAAACUGUGAACGUGAUUCAGCCUCAACACGAUCAAACUUCUGCAAACGUGAUAGUGGGUCCACAGCACACCAAGACUGUCCAGGUGAUCCACCCUGGCCAAGGUGGCUCUCAAACCAACGUAAACAUCGUCCAACCUUCACCGAAAGAGAUUGACGUACCUGUUGUUGAGAAGAUUACUCGUACGGAGAAAAUUUUGGAGCCUAUGCAAAAAGUGGUUGUUUCUGAAAUGGAAAAGGAGAUCGUGGCUCCUGUGGUGCCUAUUUUUAGGGAACAAAUAGUUUUUGAUCCAGAUUGUUCUUGUUUAGUAACAGAACCAGAAACUAUGUCAACCUUUUUUAAGUACCUUCAUUUUAAGUAUGGGAAACCAACAUUCUACUCAGCUGUGAAACCUAAGAUGUUGAUCAAGCAACCUAUGAGGGUUUUAGAGGUUAGAGAACGCUCCUUGAUAGGUGUAUAGAAAGCAGCACUCGAUGUAAGAAAAUAUUUAUUUAUUUAUUUAUUUAUCUAUUUAUGUAAAUUGAAAUCUCUAAGGAUUGUGUGAAGUAGAAUAAUUUAUUUGCUCUUUCUAAGAUCCUUAAGAACAGUUGAGAGAAACCCAUUGUAAUUGGAGAAAUAAAAUUGAAAUGGCAUCUAAAUUUGAUUAUACUUAUUACUUUUCCAAUAUCUCAAACCGUACACUUCCAUAAUAACGAUCU